AUGAAGACCGAUUUAGCAGCGCUCGCUUUGACCUUUGUCGUGUCCUCUCUGCUGGCCGAUGUGAUUUCAUCUCAGGACCAGAAACCGGUCUUACCCGGCCCUUUUACCAGGCCUACUCCCUCUCCUGGAGGAAAGGGUGAACCGUGUGGCCCUUACAGGAGUUGCCGGAGCGGCUUGUGCUGCUUACUAACAGAGAAUAAUGAUGGUGCUCGGUCCACCUGUGAACCUAAAGGGAGACCCGGACAGCAGUGCUCAGAGGACCAAGUCAAGGGUGGCACCUAUUCUUCUCUCUGCCCGUGCCUCACAGGUCCAUGUCCAGCAAGUCCGAAUAACAGAUGUCUUUAUUUGCCAAAUAAUUGA